AAUAUCAACUAUCAUCAUGGAUUUAGACCGCGAAGAUUUAAUCCUAUCCGAAGAUUACGUUUCCACUAUAGACAACGAAUUUAUUAACAUCAGUUCGGAAUUCGAUGUGGUCCAUUUCGAAAAGAUUUUCGACGUUGAAAAAAGUAAAUUCGUAAUAAACCUCAUCGUGUCGGUCCUAAAUGAGUGCAUGAACGAAUUGGCCAUUCUGCGAAGUGUGAACCUACAAAACGAUCUCGGAUUGAAUCCCGACAAGCUUUUGCAAUACACAACUGUCGAGGAGCGGUACAUGGGGCAAGAAAACCAUGCAGAAUAUCGGAUUAACUCAACUAAUAGUAAUUUUGAUAAAUUGGCAAAAGACAUAAACAUGUUUUACGUGUUGUUUAAAGAAGUGUGUCAAGAAAUUCGAGCUUAUGGAACUUAUAACGUAAUGCAAGACACUUUUGAGAUUAUCAAACGGAUGCAAAAAGAAGAAGAGGAUUUAUUGGAAGAUGAAGCUAAUCAAGAAAAAGUUAUUAAAGAUUUGGUAAACUGCCGCGAACAAGAACGCAUAGAAAACAUACACACAAUAGAAGAAACAAACUCGAAAAUCCAAAAACUAAAAUUUUUAGUCGAAGACAUUUACAUCUACGGUCAGCACGAAGUUCAAUACUUCAACAAAUGGGAACAAUCGCGUAUGGAACAAAACAUCUUAAAAAACAAAGGCAAAGAACAACAUUACGAAACAAUAAUUUCAAAAACCAACAUAAAAAUGCAACAAGAAAACCGUUGCGAUAACGAAUUGGAAAGGUAUUUCGAGGAAACGAGAAACGACGCGAUGGAAGAAAUACAACAAUGGAUGAAACAAUACGACGAAGAUACAGAACAAUUAGAAUCCAAUAUUGCCGAACUAAAAAUUAAUUUGGAUGAAAUAACCGAGCAACGGAUAAUUGCAAAUGAAAAAUACGCAAAACGACAAGCGGAAAUUGACGAUUGGUUGGAAUAUAGAAGAAUUAAAGAGGCUAAAGAGUUGCAACGUAUGAAAGAAAUUAAAGCUGCGACAAAAAUACAAGCUUGGUGGAGAGGAGUGAUGUUUAGAAAGCAAUUAGGGCCUUACAGGAAGAAGAAGAAGGGAAAAGGUAAAGAUAAGAAAGGAAAGAAAAAGGGAAAGAAGUAAUUUGUGAUAGGUACUUUAUUAUACAAAUAUUAUUGAAUAAGUUUGUAGUUUUUUUUUUUUU